GAAUUAAGAUAUACUGGAUACGGAACGGAGCAGGUUAUCAGUCUAUAAAAUGAAACUGAAAAGUGCUAAGACAAUCAGCUGCUGUGUCAAGAAUACUAGCGCUCUCUAGUUAUAUUAUAUUAUAUUCCCGCACUUUUUUUGAAAAUAUAUUAUAAAUAUUAUUGUAUUUGAUUUGUGUAUUUGAAUAUUUUGAAAUUUAUAUGAUGUAUUUUAAAAUACGGUAUUCCUUAAAAAAAGCCCCGAUAUCAAAAUACGGUAAAAAAAGCCCCACCUAUAGGGAAAAAAAGGCCCGUACUAACUAAAUUCAUAACGCAUUUUCAUUAUAGUGCAAGUUUUAUAGUUUAAUAUUUAUAUGUAGGUAAUUUUUUUUGAUAACAAUUAGAGGUAGUUAGUUCUUAUAAUACGUGAUUACAAAUUGUUGAUGAUAAUUUGCAUUUUCUCAUUAUUUCAUUGUACGUAUUAAAUAUUUUUAAACAUAUUGUAUAUACAUUUAUACGUCUACCAUGGUAAGAGAGAACAAAUGUUGUAUACAAAACUGUCCAGGGUUACAUAAAUCUAGGUUUAGCAUCCCACAACAUUCUUUCAACGAAUGGCAAGAAGCAAUCGGAACAUCUUUAACCAAAAAAUCAAGAAUUUGUGGAGCUCAUUUUUCUAAAAAUGAUAUUCACGAUACUUGGACUUCCGGUGAAGGGUCAAAUCAGUAUUCGAUAUGCUUAAAAAAGCCAAGACUAAAAGAUGGAGCAGUUCCUAAAUUACUUUUAAAUGGCAAUGCUGGAAAUGUUGAUACACCCAUCACUCUCAAUACCUCAAGUAGUUUUAAUGUUGAACCUAGUAUUCACUCUGCUUCAGAAGUUGUUGAAAUCAAACAGGUUCAAAUAUUAUUUUUAUUUUUUAUUACCAUAUACAUUUUGUAUAAAUAGCCUAAACAGUUAAUUUUAUGUACUACUUAGGAGAAUUGAGAGUUCAUUCAUGAAACAUGCAAGUAGUGCCUCUGUGUUCGAUGAUACUGUAGAGGACUUCAUAUCAAACAAUUAUAUAAUACCAUUUCCUUGUAAUGUCCAUAAAGAAGAGGUCAUAUUGGAUAUACUAAUAUCAUAUAUUACAAUGAGAAUGCGUCAACAUUCCUAUAUGACUAAUAAAAAACUAAAAAGUCAAAACAUAAUAAAAAAGAAACUGUCAAAGUUAGUUUCCAAAUAAUAUUAAGAACAA